UGCUGGGCGGGACAGCGUUUGCAACUUUAUCUUCGCCUAUUGACUCGGCUCUGACCACGACAUUCGGCUGCUUCGCAGAAUCGGUUUCGUGAGCGCAACCACAGGGAUUCAAACCGUAGCACAUGGCUCUGUGGUGAGCCACGCUACAGGAAUUUUUUAUGGCGUCGAGGAGGAUUGGCAGUCCACCGACGAAACGGGUGAAACUAGAACCACCGUCACCCUCGCGGUCGCCAAGUGUCGUUGAGAUCUCACCCCCUGGAGGCGGUACUGGGCCAAAUGAACCAGCGGACGAAACUGUUGACGAGGAACACUGCAGCAUUUGCUUGCAGCCUUUCGCGGACCGCACAGUCGUACCCACUUGCUCUCACGAAUUCUGCUUUGAGUGCUUGCUGAUAUGGACCGACCAGUCGCGCCGGUGUCCGCUAUGCGCUCAGUCGAUCGGGGACUACCUCAUCCACCACACACGCUCGAGAUACGACUAUCAGAAGCACUAUCUCACGCCGCUGCGUGCAUCGCCUCGCCCUCAACGUGCUGCCGUUGUCGCACAACAAGAUGCGCGUAGACGCGCGCGGACAAGACGCGAACGCGAAUGGGGUCGACGACAGCGCGAGGCUCAAGAGGAAGCCGAUGAGCUUGAGCGCGCCAUGGAAAAGCGCAGAUGGAUUUAUCGGCACCAUCUCUACGCAAAGCAUGUCGCCUCUAAUCCAUACACGCGUUACCGUCCAUUUCCGACGCCAGCCCAGUUUUCCGCGUCGCAGGACCUGAUCAGUCGGGCCACGGUGUUUCUGCGACGCGAAUUGCGUGUGUGGGUAGGUCUUGACGUCGAGUUCUUGACGACCUUCACGCUGUCGCUGAUGAAGUCACUCGAUAUACGCUCGGAACCAGCCGUACGGCUUCUUGCCGAAUUUCUUGACAUGGAUAGCGGAGGGGAACACGUAAAUGCCGAACAUUUUGCUCAUGAACUCUAUAGCUACCUCCGCUCUCCGUACCGGGAUCUAGCCCGAUAUGAUGAAGUCGUGCAAUACGAUGUACCUCCCGAUGUACCUCCCCCUUCAUUGCCGCAACGUAGCCGACGCUGGAGGUCGCGGUCUCGUUCAGUCUCGAUCUCUCGCUCGCGUUCUUCGCCCAGUUCUUCGCCGCGCGGAGCGUCCCGCCGUCCACGCUCACCCUCGCCGUUAUCCCCUCGCAGCAAUGGCCCGUCACAUGCUGCAUCCGCCCCAUUAUCGCCACGGCCUCCGGACAGCAGUAGCGCUUCUCGCUCCCGCAAUGGGGGCUCUUGGCCGCUGGAGCAAACGAAUCAUGCUGAACGGCGGAGAAACAGACUCAACGACAACGCCGUGAGGUCGAAUCACGGUAGUCGGACGGCGGAGUCGAGUACGACGUGGCAACGAAGGCGAAGAUCCCCAUCGCCUCGCGGCACACACAGCGCUCUCAAGGGUAAAGAGCGCCUCAUUGAGUCGACCGACGGUGGUACCACUGCACGUGGAGAGUACUGCAAUCGUGAUGCUGCGGGUGGUAGCAGGGAGCAAGAGAGCCAGAGCCCUGCUCCUCGUCGCAUGAAAGUAGAUGAGCAACAUAAUGCAGCUGGCAGGAGUCGAGCUGGCUCUCCCGUUUCGCCAACCCGUCAUUCGAGACCCGCGCUUCCAUCAUCGGACCAGGGUGUCUCCUCCGAUGACAAGAAAAGGCAGAUUGACACUGCAGCUCAUGGUACAGGCGAUGCGGCGCGGCGCGAACGGUCUGAACCCACGGAUCGUCCUGUAUCCAGUGGCCAAGAUGUACGAAGGAAUGCUCCAGUACGCCUCAGGACCCGUAACCUCCUGGAGUCCGUGCAGGCACAUCUGUCUAUCCACCCUGGUUCUAGCCAUGCAUUGGAUAAGCCAGGGACAUUAUCGUCGCUGCAUGUAACUUCCCGUGGAGCUGGCGGGGCCGCCAAACGUAACGAGGCCCUCAAUCCUGCCCGCGCAGACCGUCCUUCUCUACUCGAGCGGCUGUCCAAUACUGCAUCGGCAUCCCCUCUUGAGGAGAUCGUGCGAACUGCUGCUGACACUUCUGGAGACUCACCCCAACACGAUGUUGCUGUACGUUCUCCGUCUGUGGUACCCACACAAUUGCAAGCUUCUGUUGCUGCUACUGGUGCGGAAGCGCGGCGCUCCGCGUUUGAUGGAUCGUCUGUCGGGAUGCCUUCUGCUCGCACAGAGUUUACGCUGAUGACUAUGCUCCCUAGACGAAGCUGUGCCAUCAGCAACUAGUGACCUACGUGCGCUGCUACUGAGCAAGCUGGAAGCUGAGAAACUCAACCACUUGGAGAGUGCGGCAGCCACGCCUGGCGAUUCGCGCCGUGCGACCGAUCGUGCUCCCUCAACCCAUGAAUUAUCCGACUGUAUUGGACCUGAGAAGGAGGGCGGGGUGGUCGGUGCUGAACUAUACAAUUCGGCAGAACGGGCCGCCGAGAGGGAAGCCAGGCUUCGUAGCCAGGCACAGCUGCGGAUGCGUCUUGCAGCUGCCAAGAAGGCUGCUGCAAGUGGCGCGGGGCGUAGCUCCACUGAGGUGAACGGCGGUGCGGCGCAUGAUAGUGGCAAUGGGGGAGAGGCGCAGUCACAAGAGGAGCUGCUGAGGAACCGGUUGGUAGAGCGACGUACAUCUUCCGGUGUAGACAGGCCCUGAAACCUG